CCGGCUACUAAGGACGAAUUGACCGACAUUAUAAGUGAAACCACGUAAUAGUCGGAACGCUGCCCAAUAUUUGUGCACCGAUGAAUUGUCGAAUAUUCAAAAUGCCUGCAUUUAAACGUUUCAGCUCACCAUUUGCAAUGAACGAGAAGACAUAUUCCAGGAUAGUAUUAUAUUCAACUUUGAUUUUAAUAUCCGUCUUAUUGUGUCUUAUAAUGCUCGGAAGACCAUCAUUUUCAUUCGUAAACACCAAAGAGAGGUUUAAUUGUUCAAAUGGGGUGUCGAUCAAAACGUCCAAUGUUUGUGAUGGUCGUAAGGAUUGUUCAGAUGGUUCAGACGAGACCGUAGCAUUGUGUGCUCGAAACGAAUAUGGAAAAACGGAUUGCGGUAGAGUAUAUAUAAACCAAGAAACAAUCGUCAAUGGUCAAAAAGCAAAUGUCGGAACGGCGCCAUGGCAUGCGGAAAUAUAUAGAUUCGUUAAAAACGUUUCCAAUUAUGAAUUCCUUUGUGGCGGAUCAAUUAUUUCUUCAAAUUUAGUCGUUUCGGGUGCUCGUAGUUUUUGGAAUUAUGAUAUGUCGUCUAAUAUAAUAUCGAACAUCGACGGUCUGUACAAAAUUGCGGUUGGGAAAUAUGAUGGAAACGUUUCAAUUAUUGACAAUAACUUUACUCAAAUAAUGGAUGUGGACAGUAUUUACCUGAGAGAAACUUUUAGUGGAUCUAGCCGUGGGGUAUUUGCUUAUGAUAUAGCUAUUGUUGUGUUGAAAACCCGAAUUUCUUUUAGUUAUUAUGUUGCACCUGUGUGUAUUGACUGGAACGGAAAAUACAAUGUAGUCAACGGAGAUUAUGGAAAGAUUGUUGGUUUGGGAUAUAAGAAUAACGAAAGCUCCAGUCCUGUUUUAAGAGAAUUAUCUUUACCAUACGUCGACCGUAGUACUUGCCAGAAUAUAUUGCACACAAACGGAUUUGAUAAAUAUGUGACUGUUGAUAAGUUUUGUGCCGGUUCUGCAUUGGUUGCAGGAGAAGGAGCAGGUGUAGGGUAUGCUGCUGCAGGGUUAAGCUUUUUCCACGAUGAUUCUUAUUAUAUAACCGGAAUAACGAGUCUAAAGGAAUCAGAUUCAAAUAAUUCAAUCACAAUUUUUACAGAAGUUCAGUACCACACACAAUGGCUUCGUGGACUGUAUAUACACAGUUUCAGCUCACCAUUUACAAUGAACGAGAAGACAUAUUCCAGGAUAGUAUUAUACUCAACUUUGAUUUCAAUAUCCGUCUUUUUCUGUCUUUUAAUGUUCGGAAGACCACCAUCUUCAUUCGUGAACAUCAAAGAGAAUUUAAUUUGUUCAAAUGGAGUGUCGAUCAAAACGUCCAAGAUUUUUGAUGGUUGUAAAAAUUGUUCAGAUGGUUCAGACGAGACCGUAGCAUUGUGUGCUCAAAACGAAUAUGGAAAAAUUUUUACCACGGAUUGCGGUAGAGUAUAUAUAAACCAAGAAACAAUCGUCAAUGGUCAAAAAGCAAAUGUCGGAACGGCGCCAUGGCAUGCUGGAAUAUAUAGAUUCGUUAAAAACGAUUCCAAUUAUGAAUUCCUUUGUGGCGGAUCAAUUAUUUCUUCAAAUUUAGUCGUUUCGGGUGCUCGUAGUUUUUGGCAUAAUGAUAUGUCGUCUAAUAUAAUAUCGAACAUCGACGGUCUGUACAAAAUUGCGGUUGGGAAAUAUGAUGUAAACGUUUCAAUUAUUGACAAUAACUUUACUCAAAUAAUGGAUGUGGACAGUAUUUACCUGAAAGAAACUUUUAGUGGAUCUAGCCGUGGGGUAUUUGCUUAUGAUAUAGCUAUUGUUGUGUUGAAAACCCGAAUUUCUUUUAGUUAUUAUGUUGCACCUGUGUGUAUUGACUGGAACGGAAAAUACAAUGUAGUCAACGGAGAUUAUGGAAAGAUUGUUGGUUUGGGAUAUAAGAAUAACGAAAGCUCCAGUCCGGUUUUAAGAGAAUUAUCUUUACCAUACGUCGACCGUAGUACUUGCCAGAAUAUAUUGCACACAAACGGAUUUGAUAAAUAUGUGACUGUUGAUAAGUUUUGUGCCGGAUCUGCAUUGGUUGCAGGAGAAGGAGCAGGUGUAGGGUAUGCUGCUGCAGGGUUAAGCUUUUUCCACGAUGAUUCUUAUUAUAUAACCGGAAUAACGAGUCUAAAAGAAUCAGAUUCAAAUAAUUCAAUCACAAUCUUUACAGAAGUUCAGUACCACACACAAUGGCUUCGUGGACUGUAUGACAAAUAUAAAUAAUUAAAUUAGAUUAUGGUAACGUUAUUAAAAUAAUGUAUUCCAAUAUUCUAAUGUAAAUCCGUAUUUGUAUAAAUAGGUUUUUACUUAUGUGUAACAACUUUUAACAGUUCAUAAUAUAAAAAUUGUUCAUUUAAAUAAAUCGUAAUACAUAUUAUGUCAUAGUUAUUAGUAAUUAUUAGAACAUUAGUAUUGUAUUAUAUAUAUUAUGUCCCUCAUUGACACAUAUUGAAUUCAAACAGUUUAUUAUACCAAUUUUGCAUUGUAGAUUAAUUGUUUUAUGAUUAAAAUUACUAGGAACGUA